AUGCAGCAAGAGCUUGCCGCCCUGGCGUACCAGUCGGCCGGUUUCGUCGGCCUCCCCACGUCCUACCUGCCGCCGCACCCGCACGACGUCGAUGUCGACCUCGUCGACGGGUGGUUGGUCGGCGGCAGCGCCGGGGCUGGCGACAAUGGCCACGGCCCGCCGUCGUGCGGCAGCGGCCUGAGCCACGUCGCCGGCGCCGCCGCGGCAGUGAGCGAGACGAGGAAGGCGAGGCGGCUGGCGUCGAACCGCGAGUCGGCGCGGCGGUCGCGGAUGCGGCGCCGGAGGCAGCUGGACGAGCUGUCGGCGUGCGCCGCGGAGCUGCGCGCGGCCAACCAGCGGCUCGUCGUGGAGCUCAACCGCGCCGAGGCCAGGCACGCGCAGGUGGCCCGGGAGAACGCGCGGCUCCGGGAGGAGCUGCGCCGCCUGCGGGAGAGGCUCGCCGCCGAGGAGGAGACCACCGAUCGAGACGCCGGCGACGAGGCCGCUGCCGCAAGAACGCCGUAG